CGAAUUUAUAUCGGUAUUAAAUUUAUAGCAAUCUGCGAAGCGUGUAAAACUUUAGUUGAUUUAAACUUUGAUAAUAAUCCGAGAAACAAGUGCACAGUCCAGAGUGCCAAAAUAGUGAAGAAAUAAUGAGUUUAAUGAUUCUGUAACUGUAUCGGAAGGAAUGAAUUCGUUUUUCGGCUUCGACACCAGCUUGCCAUCGGUAGACGAGCAGGAUGGAUUCCGCGGCGAUAGGACAGGAGCGACCAAUGGUUGCGAUCACAGUAUCGAUUCCGAAGGCGAAUACGAUGCUCUCAAUGAUGAAACUUUCGGUGAUCCAGACAAAGGAGAUUGGGAGAAUACGCACGAAACGCUGGUGCGUCUGGAGAAGGGCGGUGGUUUCAGUGAUGGCAUUGAAAACGGCAGGGAGGAGCUGUUUGAUGAUGAUGAAUUAGACCUUCAUUUGUCGAGGUUUGAUUUUGGCGACGGAGAUGAAAGCGUCAGCAGUGCAGCUGAUUUGAGUUUGGAUGAAGACAUCAGAAGUCGGCUGCGGUUGGAUCCAAGUAUUUGGGAUAGCCCAGUGAAGAAGCAGCCGGUUCAAGCUUUGCCACCGGCCAGACAUGAAGUGCAAAGCAUGUUUCCAAGUUUACCAGCGACUCCUAUGCUAAAUGAGUUUGCUGGACCUUUCGGAGUGAAUUUUUCUACGACGCAACCUCCCAUUAAGAUGCUAUCAGUGGAGGAUAUCGAAAGGAGUAUAAUUCAAAAACAACAACAGCAGCAGGAGCACAUUAAAAAGGAGAAGGAACAGCAGCAGAAGAUUCUACAGGAGAAUCAGAAAAACAAGGAAGUGAAGAAAUCGAUCCCAGUUCCAAUAGUUAACCCCUCUAUUCAGCCGCUGUUGCCUUCUGCACAACUAUUGGCAAUCCGGAAUCAAAUGUUUCCUCCUCCACCUCUGCUGAAUCACCAAUCUCGAAUGCCAGUUGGAUUUUUACCAUACAAUUUCCUGCCGGCACAUUAUUCUACACCCAUCAAUAAUUUGGCGAUGCAUCCUGGAUUUCCGGCUGGAGUAGGGCAUCAGUUUGGUCUGUUUCCGCGUAUCCCGUUGCCCAUCCAACCGAAUCUAAUUCAGAACAUCCAAAAUAAUCAGUUUAAUAAGAAGUUGGUUCAAGAAAUUCAACAAAAUCAUCCGAUGCUUUCUUUCAAUCGUCAGAAUCAGCAUAAUAAUAAAAAUCUCAAUCAUCAGCGGCAUAGCAACAUUCCGAGAGGAUCGGACUACGACGAGUAUGCGAACCUGAUGUCCAAUCGCGAGAAACAGUGGCUUAUCGGAAUUCAGCUAACUCAACUGAAUUCUGACGCUCCUUACAUCAGCGAUUACUACUUUACCGUCUACAAGGAACGUCUGACUGCUUUGAAAGGAAACAACGAAAGCAAGGCGUACAAGGAUAACCAAUUGAAUCAUCCUUUCACUCAACCGAAAGGGCACGCUCAACUUUUGCUGAUGUCUUCUAUGGCCAGGAACUGCGGAAUGUUGCACGGCUAUAAUCGCGAGCGGAAGAUUUCCGAGUCAUGGAAUAAUGAACAGAAGGAUCAACCACCUCGCACAUAUACACCGCUGCAGUUUGAGAAUUCGCUUGGAAAAUUGCAGUGCGGAAGCGUAACAGCGCCUCGGAAGAUAAUAGACAUGGACGUCGUUGGGAACGAAUUGUCCAAUCAGAACAAUACCAGCCUGGAAUUGUCCAUGCAGAGAAAGUCUCGCCAUAUUCUACUACACAUCGAAACUUUAUUCAAAGUUGUACUCAAGAUGGAAGAUUUAUCAAAUCCAGCAGCGAUCGAAGCCGCCUUGAUAGUUAAGGAAAAACGAGAGAAGGAACGCAUGGCUCAGCAAAGUGACAAUUCUUCUCAAAAUGUAUCUAUCUCAUCUAAUGCUGAACCGGACACAUCUGACGAGCUGCUAGUGGUACUGAUGAGUGGUCUCACUCAGGACAAGGUCACAUUGACGCUAGGUGUACGCAAAGGGAAGAUUCUCCUCCGACGAAUCUUUGUCCUGCUGAGAGAGCAUCCUUCCCGUUGGACACUAUGGAGCACAGUUUUCUCUGCAAUCCCAUUCCUACUGAAGAAGGACCGCGAUGAUCAAGAAGGCGUUCUAUUUGCUCUGUACACCGAAUUCGAACGACAUGUUCAGUACAGCCAGUUCUUGGAUUUGCUGAAACUGUCCCAAACGAUUGGAACUGAGAAAAUCCUUACUUUCCUAACCAGCUGCAAGUUUCUUCUCUCCUCCGUAAUUACCAUUAUAUUUCAAAUGGAGGUGCUGCUGUCCAAAACACCCGACACAGUCACACCGACCGAUACUAGCAAGUGGAUUGACUGUCUGGAGCUCAUAACCGGUAUAGUGAGCAAACUGAUUUCAACGUCAACGCCGAGUUGCAAUCUGCAGCACGCGAUCAAGAUCGACCGGGAAAACAAUAUUGUGCGCACCGUUCGAGUCCAUCUGGAGCGGUUUCCGCAGCAAGUGAAGGCGAAUGAUUUCCUCAAAUUUAUCACGGCGGAUCCUACGAGCAACGAUGUGACCACGCCUUCGACGAAGAAGUAAAUUGCAAGGAUGGACCCAGUUCGUUCUGCUCGUUGGCUUUUGAGAAGAGGCUCAAACUUUCAAAAUUUGAUGCAUUUUUAUUACCCAAGAAGGACAACAUCCUGAUCGUUUUUAUAUGUUUGUUUUAUAAACCUAGUGUAAAGGUAGAGAUAAACACAUGCCGCAUUAAAGUGUGCUUAAUCAUUUACACAAAAAGUACAAUAAUUGGUAUUUAUUUAAUAUUUGAUUCUAUAUCGGUACAGGUUACGCACGCUGCGCUGCUGAAGAGUGAAAGUUAGGGGAAUGAUUUGAGUAAAACAGUAACAAAACAAGAAUGAUAAAAAUAAAUUAAAUUGAACUGCCACAAAGGGUUGUAAAGUCAUGCUCCGGCAAGUCUCUUUUAGUCCUUCCUUUAGAACUUGAUAUUUGAUAAUUUUAAGUUAUAAUAAUAAUUAUUAUUUGAAUUGAUGAUUACAACCAAUAAGAGAUUCGAGAUAACGAGUUUAGAUUGACUAUUAAACAAAUUCAAGUUAAUUUUAGGUCAAUUUAGUUAGUUGAUGAUAAAAACGAACGAGGAUUUGAGAAUAUAUUAUUAUUAUUAAAAUAAAUCUAACAGUGGCUUGAAUGGAUAAUUUUAUCACAGUAGAUUCUGAUCGGAAUACUUCUUCUUAUUCGCAUUUCAAGCUUAUUGCUUAGUGCAUAUUAGCUCAUUGUGUGCUCUCAACUUAGUGUUCUAAAUGCACUUCCACAGUUAUCAAUUGAGAGCUUUCGAUGCCAAUACCAAUGCAUGAAUUUGUAUAUUGUGUGGCAAGCAUGCCCAGGGAAGUCGAGAAAAUUUCCAUCCCGAAAGAUUCCUACGACCGGACCGGGAAUCGAACCCGCCCGCCUCCGUCUUGGUAAUACCGUGUUUUUACUGUCUAGGCUAUGAGGCCCCUUAUACAUAGGGUUUAGAUCGGCUUAAGCCCCCCGAGACCCUAUUGCUAGCAAGGGGUUAACAAAAACAGUAUAGGAGUACAUACACUCAUUUUUUUUAUACGGUUGGUGCCGCUGAGUCGUAAUUUACACGGUACGUUUUUAACGAUUUCUCGAUAUCGAUACAACCAAUCUACUUGUUUCGAAUCAAAUAAUCCGUUUCAAGCCAUAGGCAUACUUUAGAAAAAAAUACAGAACUUUUUUAAAUAUGUCUACAUGGACCGUAGCAUGCUGUAAAUACGAUUGGCAUGAAAUCUUCGUUGUUUUUUAACACGGUACAUAUACUAUCCAUGAACGCAUAACAGUCCCAUUAGAAUAGGAAAUCAAGCAAGGUUGUGACUGGUAUGCUUUGAUGGGCAGUACCCGGUGUAAAAAAGACCUGAGUGUAUACUAAUAGACUGAGUAACCCUAAUAAAAAUGUUAUGGUUAACGACGCUUAACGACGUGUUCGGGGUAUCAUCCAAAUCAUUUGUAGAAUAGUUCAAUUAUUUGGAUUAUCGUUCGUUUAUGGUAAUUUUUUAUUAGGGAAAACCUCUCUAGAUUCCUAGAAAAUCGAGAAAUUUUUUACUCAGUAGUCUAUGAGUAAUCUACGUUCUUGCGAAUUUGAGUGAACGUAGCUUAAAUUUGAGCUGGUUUAAUUGGCCGUGCAGGGUAUUUGUCUUCUCUAGAUUGAAAACCAUUAGUCAGUCUCCGUCUGGGUUGCCAAAAGGAAAUUUGUGUUUUUGUUCCAAAAAAUCUUUUUAUCCUAUUUUCUGUCCAAAAAAACCUGUGAUGAUAUCUGUGUUGAAAGUUUAUGAAUUAAAUCCAUUAAACAUGUUCUUAGCAAAGUGAUCAAGCGAGUUUUCUGAUCAUGAAACUGAAACUAAUAAAAAUGUAUGUGUUAUAAAUUACUAUUGACUUAGACAAAAAUGCGAGGGGGCGACUCUAUGCAGGAAACUUUACUUUGCUUUUGUGAUAUGCGCUUAAUAGAUAGGAUUACGAUUGAUGAUGAUUUUAUUUCCUGCAAAAAGUGGAGACCGAUGCGAGUGUGGAUUUAGAUGCAAAAGAAUAAAACAGAUUUUUUGUAAAUUGACUUGCUAGCAUCAGAUUUAUCGACCAUCUAAAAUUGAGAUUUAUAUGUGUCGCAACAGAAAUAAAUACUUUUUACAAAACUCAUUCUACUUUUUUUAUAUCGCAGAAAAUAAAUAUGUAGAUACAAGAGUAGGUGAUGAGAACAUUGCUCUGAAGUGAAAAUAAAAGUUGUCUUUUAAACAACUUAUGUUUUAUUUUUGGAAUGUUUUAUCAUAAUUUAAAAAUCUGUGUGAUCUUUUAAAACCUAAAAAUCUAUGAUCUGUGAAUACAGAUUCUUGGUUUUUAAUACUCCGAAUAAUCUGUAGAAGCACAGAUUAAUCUACAGUUUUGUCAACCUUGGUCUCCUUAUCGAAGAGGUGGUUGAUAUUUGAUCGUUGAACGUCAUGCUCCAAAAUGUAAUGCAACAAUUAGUAGGAUUCCGGAUUGUGUGCAUUGCACAAAAUCUUAAAUGUGUACAAUGCAUCCCGAAUUUUCUGGUUGAGAUUGUCAAAAAUAUACUAUGUAUUGCAAAAUAUAGUUUUUUUUAAACACUUUAUUUGUUCCAAAUUCAAAAUAAAUUACAUUUCAUUUUAACCAUGGUGCUCCAGUUACUACAGUAACUUACCAGCCUUAAUUGUUAUGAUAUAUAUCCAAGUAUUUUUACAUUGUUCGUGUCUUGGCAAUUCAGUAUUUUA